ACCCAUUUCCUUAGAGGCUUCUUCGUCUGUCGAGUUGAAGAACAAAACACAAGUGGUAGUAAUGAAAAGUGAAUAGCCUUGGCAAAUAUGGACCAACAAGCCAACUUAUGCCAGGGCAGAUAGAAGCACAUCCUGCAUUUAAGAGCGGAGAAAGCACUUUCUCUUUCGCGCCUAUUCGCUCGUGGAAUCUCUCUUCACCAUCCUCCGUUCGGAAAAAGGAUGCCGACAAGCAACAAUUUUCAUUGAUAAAACCACCAGCUGCUGUGUCCUGGGACUCAGUCGCACGCGAGUCCUCAGUCUAGUCAGUUUGCAGCUCUGGGGACUAUUCGGAUGCUGGUAAUCUCUAAGCCAUUGGCGGUUUAAUUAUAAAUUGCGUAUACGUCGCGUGUCAACAAGUAAUGGCUUUGCCAACACACUGAAAGCCGCUAAGUUGUCAAAGGAACGGCUUAAAAGCUAUUUAAAAUUUUACGAAAAUAACUUUUCCGGAUAAUCGACGGAAAUUGAGUUAAAGUUUUGUGUCCGGUUGGCGCCACUUGGCCAUUGGUGCUGACCAAGUUUUGGACCUGACCGAUGAUAAACUGAAAAGUGAACUUUCUAAAGACUCAGCUCUUUCCAUAAAAAAAAAUAAUAAAAUUUAGAACUCAAAAGGACACAAAUUUGUUGAAAAAUAGUUGCAAUGCAAGGCACAAACAAAAAUAAGUAGAGUGACCUUUAAGUUUGCGAAAACAAAAUAACUCAAUAAUCACGGCAGGGUCACCGGCGGAUAGCUAAUUGCAGCUAACCCCAUUGGCGUUUGGCAAACGGAAAAUGGUUCGUGACCGCAGCAACCACAUUGCACCACCACCACUAACACCACCAACCGCUCCACUGAAGGCAAUCCCGUGGCGGCGACACACGACAUCCUUGCCAAAUGCGGCAGUUGAGGCACCGGCAAGUAAAUAAGCGCCACUUUCGCGUCCACCUUUGCGAGCACGUUCCGGAUCCAGUUUGGAGAAGCUAGUAAAUUUCUGGGUGAGGCCAACCAGACAUGGAGGCCAUCAUGAUGACGACCCUGCCCACACUGACAACGGAUGCGGCUGACAGCAGCUUUUGGCUUACCGGAGCCCUCUCGCUCUCCGAGAUUUUGGCCAACUCGAGCCACGGCCCAACUGGCGGCACAUCCUCGGCGGCAGGGAAUCCGGCGGCGGCAUCCUCGGCGGUGAAUGUGGGCAAGGACCAUGACAAGCACGUGAAUGACAGCGUUUCCACAUCACUAAGUAAUUACACGUCAUACCCCAGCUACAUUCACUACCGGGACAAAUACGAUCUGAGCUACAUCGCGAAAGUUAAUCCCUUCUGGCUGCAGUUCGAACCUCCUAAAUCGAGUACCUUCCUCGUGAUGGCCACCUUGUAUUUCGUGAUUUCGGUGGUGGGAUGUGUGGGCAAUGCUUUUGUAAUCUUCAUGUUCGCCAACCGCAAAUCGCUGCGAACGCCGGCCAACAUUUUGGUGAUGAACCUGGCCAUCUGCGAUUUCCUGAUGCUCGUCAAGUGUCCAAUUGCCAUUUACAACAACAUCAAAGAGGGACCGGCUUUGGGAGACGUUGCCUGUCGCAUCUACGGAUUUGUGGGCGGUCUAAGUGGCACCUGCGCCAUCGGAACCCUCACUGCGAUCGCUCUGGAUCGGUACAAUGUGGUGGUGCAUCCACUGCAGCCACUGAGACGCUGCUCCCGCCUGCGCUCCUAUCUGAUUAUCCUUCUGAUCUGGUGCUAUAGCUUCUUGUUUGCGGUGAUGCCGGCCCUGGACAUUGGACUCUCUGUGUAUGUGCCUGAGGGAUUCCUGACCACCUGCAGCUUCGACUACCUGAACAAAGAGACCCCCGCCCGCAUCUUCAUGGCCUUGUUCUUCGUGGCGGCCUACUGCAUCCCGCUGACCGCCAUUGUGUACUCCUACUUCUACAUCCUGAAGGUGGUCUUCACAGCCAGUCGCAUUCAGUCGAACAAGGACAAGGCUAAGACGGAGCAGAAGCUGGCCUUCAUUGUGGCGGCCAUUAUUGGAUUGUGGUUCCUGGCCUGGUCGCCCUACGCCGUGGUGGCCAUGAUGGGAGUCUUCGGCCUGGAGCGGCACAUCACACCACUGGGCUCGAUGAUUCCGGCGCUCUUCUGCAAGACAGCUGCCUGCGUGGAUCCCUAUCUAUACGCGGCCACCCAUCCGCGGUUUCGCGUCGAGGUGCGCAUGCUGAUCUACGGUCGCGGGGUCCUGAGGAGGGUCUCCACCACCAGAUCUUCGUACAUGACCCGAUCCCGAUCCUCGUUCACCCACAGAUUGCGCAACAGCAACACUGGGGAGGGAGGAAUGGGGGAUCAUCGAAUGGAGGGCUACCUGAUGAACAACAACCUCAUGAUGGUGCCCGAGGAAACGGAGGAGAACGAGGAGAUCAUAGUGGUGGCCGAGAUCAACAAUUCGGUGAGCAGUGUCAUGGAACAGAGUAAGUUCUGAAACGACACUAAAAAAUAAACAGAUCUAAAAAAACAAUAAACCGAGAAAUCCAUUUAAGCUCUGUAUUGCAAAGACCAAAAAACUCAAAACAAAUAGUUGCAUUCCUUUUAGUUAGUUUUUAAAAAGUAUAUUUUAGUUA